CAAAUGUGCAACACACAGGAGCAGUUCUCGCUCUGUCAAAAUGCCGACCUCUUUUCCAUGAAUUAUUUCUUAUUGCGGUUCACUCCCACGGCCACGGAGCGUCUGACCGGAGAACGAGCCUGUGGUGUCGGGAGCGCGCAGCAAUCAUGCCUCAUCCUGUCGCUCGCCUCGUCAGUGUCGGAGAAUAGACGAAGAAGAAAUUGGGAUUUGACCCCAAAUUAGCUGCUUUUUUAUCGCUCGUGCUUCGUGGUGAAGAGGCGAACAUUUUUUUUUUUUUUUGUAAUCUUAAAUCGACGUUAAUUCGUCUUUUUCCCCCCUCUCGUCCAUGUCAAUGAGUGAAAUAGGGCAACACGAUACAAGAGGAGUACAGCUGCGGUGAUUUGAUGUUUCAGGACUCAUUCCUCAUUUCUCAGGUCAUUUCUUUUUAACUUGACGCUGUUCAGUUGAGGGAUGGAAACGCUGGGAAGCCACUUUGACGGACCUGAACUGAUGUGACUCAACCAGAGUGUUUUCAUUAAACCCCCCCUCCGGAACAAUGAGCAGCUAGGAGCCGGAACGUGUCGUGAAAGGCUUGUAAGGGAACUGGCUCCGCUUUUCCAUCCUCCCCCUCUAACAUCUCACUGUGUCGCACCACUACCAUGUCCUUUCCUUGCUGUGGCCAUCCCAUGGAGAGUGCACGCCCACCCAGAUAGGAUGCCUGCCUUGCCCAACGCCCUGCAUCCCCUCCUGCCCAUCACCACCUCCUCCUUCUCCUCGUGUGUACCUGCUCUUGCCAACAGUUCUUUGCGGCCCCCAAGGCUCGGCAUUGCCCCGCUCCAACAUGGUGGAUGAGGUAACCACCAUGAAGGAUGACGUCAUCAACGCCAACACGCUGGCUUGGCUGGUCUGCUCGGGCGUGUCCAUCCUGGCCAACACUUGGAGCAUCCUUAGUGUCAGUGCCAAGCAGAAAAAGUGGAAACCGCUGGAGUUUCUCAUCUGCACACUGGCGGGCACACACAUCCUCAACAUGGCCAUCCCCAUCACCAUGUACUGUGUCAUAACACUGCGCCGUCAGCACUCCAACUACGACUGGAACGAGGGUCUGUGCAAGGUGUUUGUCUCCACCUUCUACACUCUCACGCUGGUCACAUGCUUCUCCGUCACCUCGCUGUCUUAUCACCGCAUGUGGAUGGUACGCUGGCCUGUAAACUACAGGUUGAGUAACACCAAAAAACAGGCGGUGCACACAGUGAUGGGCAUCUGGAUGGUCUCCUUCAUCCUGUCUACGCUUCCAGCAGUGGGCUGGCACGACACCACUGAUCGCUUCUACACCUCUGACUGCAGAUUCAUUGUGACUGAAAUUGGUCUGGGCUUCGGUGUGUGCUUUCUGCUGCUGAUCGGUGGCAGCGUGGCUAUGGGUGUGAUCUGCAUCGGCAUCGCUCUCUUCCAGACCUUCUCCAUUCAGGCAGGCCACAAUGCCGAUAAGAACAAGUUCAAUGUCCCCACCAUAGUGGUGGAAGAUGCCCAGGGGAAGCGGAGAUCAUCCAUUGAUGGAUCGGAGCCUCUCAAGACAUCACUGCAGAUCACUUACCUGAUCAGUGGUAUCGUCUUCAUCUACGACUUCCUAACAGGCUUCCCCAUUCUGGUGGUGAGCUUUGCCAGUCUGAAGUUUGCCCGCUCCUAUGACUGGAUGGUGCUGUGUGUGCUGUGGUGCUCCAUUGCUCAGUCCAUCCUGUUGCCCAUGUUCCUCUGGGCUUGUGACCGCUAUCGGGCUGAUAUCCGCAUGGUGUGGGAGAAGUGUGUCGCCAUCAUGUCCAACGAUGACGUGGACGAGGAAAACAGCCAAGAUGGAGGAAUUCAUGCCGACUUAAUAUAUGACAGACCAUAUGACUAUAGCUCGGCGCCUGAAAUCGUGACGGUAGACCGUAAUGCCAAGUAUGAGUUCUCAACCUUAGAAAGGGGGGUUCUGCAAGGGUAUCCAUUGAGGGAACAACAGGAAGAUAAAAUGCAGUAUUUGCAGGUGCCCCCUACAAGAAGAUACUCCCACGACGAAACCGACAUGUGGACCAGCGACCGGAUCCCCUCAUACCUUCACCGAUGGGGCUCCACCGAGGACAUGAUAGUGAGUGCCCACUACAGCUCCACCUUGCCGCGCCACGAGAGGCGCAGGAGCAGCCUGGUCUCCUACCACGAGGAGAGCCACCAUCACCAUCACCCACACCGCAAGCGGCGACGCUCUGAGGAUAGUAUGCACUCCCUCAAGCACCUGCCACGCGUGGUCUGUGGUGGAGAGCGCUAUGAGGACGAACUGCGGUGUUUCAGCCGCGAUGACGUGAUUAACUUUAUAGAUGAGACGCCGCUGCCGAGCCCCAGGAAGAGCCCACAGCGCACGUCCACCAUCUCACUCAUCCCCAAUGUGUAUGAACAGCACACAGUCAUCCUUCCUCACUUCCCGCUCACGGACUUUGAGCGUGAGCCUCAGGCCCUGAGACGGCUCUCGGAACACAAAAGGAGCAGUAGUCGGGGAAACUCGCCUGAGGGAUCCCCCAAACCAGACAGACCUGCCGGAAAGAAGAGCCCCGGGGCUUGUGGUUCUGGUAAAGGAUGCCGGGAGCACCCGCGAGAUGGGAAACAGCAGUGUGAAGUGGGCUCACCUAGGUUCAGCCAGCAGACUCCAGGGCACUCUAGGCCCAGGACAGGUGGUGGAGGCAGGGCUGGUGCUAGUGCUGGUGCUGGAGCUGACUGGGGGCAUCAGAAGCACCUGAGCAAGGCCGAGAGUAAGGGAAGCACAAACAGUUUUGUAAGCACACCCUCGGUAUCAUCCUCGGGAUACAUCACCUUUCACUCUGACUCCGUCGGCUCCACAACCUAAAAGGAAGUUUUCCUAUGUUAUUAUCAACAUUAUUACUGAAAUUCUUAUCAUAAAUUGAUGGAUAUUGGAAAGAGACAUACUGGAUUGUUGGCCUUUUUACUUGUGCUACUUUUCAGUUUUCCUAUGUAUGCCACCAAUAUCUGUUAAAUGGCCAAAUGCUAAAUGGCCUUGGGAGCUUUGGACAGAAUUUCUGAAUGGGCGUUGUUUUCUUAAUAUAUAGGCUGGAAAGUUUGGAUGGUCCUGUUAUUCAGCUUUCACAUCACAAAAUAUCCACUGAUGACACUUUUUUUCAACACUGGCACAAAUAAACUGUUUUUAAAUGGCGUGAACAUUCCCACACCUUGUUUUUGCUGUUUGAUGUUGUUUAUUAUGAAAUGCUGAAAGAAUUGGAGGGCAUAGUUGUUAGGGUGUUCUUUCUUUCUUUCUUUCUUUCUUUCUUUCUUUCUUUCUUUCUUAAUAACUUCAAUUGUAUUUUAGUUGGCCUAUUAUGGCUGUGUGUUUUGUUGCUUUCAAACCAAACUUUCCUGAAUACUGCCUUGAGACAAUUGACUUAAGGGUAUGACGCAUUAUACAUAUUUAAUUUAUUUUGAUAAUGUACAACUUUUCUAUUAACAUUAAUAACAUUAUUAUUCCCAACACAUGAAACGCUUUUUUUCACGCACCCUAUGUUGAAGUAAACUGAGAGUGGUAAUCCCAAACUCUGUAAUGCCUAAUACUUUUACAGUUACCGUGUGAGAUAUUGAGAUAUAACGUGAAUACCCCUAAAUUUAAUGAAAAUGUGUCAGAUUGACACAUUAUGUAUAUAUGAAGGAUAUUGGAUUUAUGGUUUUGGUGUUCUUUUUUGUUUAAUGAGAACUAUGCUUAGAACAUUUCCUCCUAGUCCCAUUAUUCCAAUGUUUGUGUUAACUUUGGGUAUCAUCAGUUGCACAUCACAUUGGAUAUUUCCAACAUCAGACCAAUACAACUGGAAAUGGUGGUUUGUCCUCAUUAUCUGAUCUCUGAGCAUGUCAGUUUGAUCUCACCUCUUAUUUGUUUCAGUUAUGUGUUAAUCAGCACCAGUACGAUUAGCCACCUAAAAGGGAACCUCUAAAAGUCGCCAAAUGGUCCAAAAGUUGAAUAAACAGCCUUCAGGCUGACCAGAUGUAGCAUAACCUAAAUUCAAUAUGUAAUCUCAUAACAUGCACUAAGACUGCUAUUGGUCCUUGGGUGAGAUUUUUCACGUGACACUUUUUUUAAAUACUGGAUUUAUCCAAGCCCCAUAAAGUAAUAUAAAUGUAAGCAUUCCCAGAGCCUCAGCAAGGAAUGCUGAAGGAAAGAUAAAGAGAAGAUGUAUUAAUUUAUUAAAAUUAUGUGAUUACUUAACAUUAUGGCAAAGUAUGAUUAUUUAACAUCAUGGCAAAGUAUAAAAGUUUAAGGAAAGGCCCUGAAAUUUUGAGAAGCUUACUUAGCACACUCUCAAAAUGGACACUUAAACAUCAAUCAAUCAAUAAUUUGGCCGACUUUACAAAGUCAAAGAUUAAAUUAACAAAGUGACAAUUUGCUGACUAAAAGGAGUGAAAAUGAUUUUGCUGACAAAUGAUAGGAGAACCAACUUUGGAUUUUGACCUCUCAUGGAUAGUAACUGCUAACAUGAAUGUAUUUGCACUAAUUAGGUGUAGGAUUUCAAAGAAAUUAAGACUAUAUGGACAAAAUAAAAUGAAAAUAUUUCUUUUGACAGCCUUAUUAGUUGUGAAACUUUUUUUGCUGUUUCCAUUAAGUAAUAUGAUUGCAUACACGUUUUCACUCAGUUGCAGCUAUUUAAAUGUUUAGUUUGAUUUCUCAUGCAUUAUUGUAUCUCUCACUUGUCGCAGCCUUUUCAAUUGGACAAAUUACCUGAAAUGUAUCUUUCUUCUGAGGCAUAACAUCACAUUCCCCUUUCAAACUUUGCUACGUCAAAGAUUUUUGCAUUUUGUUGUGCUUACAAUAUUAAAAUAUAAUUUUGUAACAUAUUCAAAGAUUUAUGACUCAAACAUGAUGACAAUGAUGUAAAAUGUUAUGAUUUUCUUGUUCAGAUGAUGACUUUGUUAAAAAGAUUAAAUUCACAAGAUGA